ACCCGGAAAUACUUUGGUGUCUAUCCUGUCUGUUGGAUUCACGUUGCAAACAGCAGUGCAACUGUGUUGAUCGCUGCGAUCAAGCAGCUUAAAUUAGAGAUGCCGGGUUCAGACAAAGAAACAGACCUUACAGAGCGAAUAGAGGCGUUUUUAUCCGAACUGAAGCGCGGUGGCAGCGGGACAGGACGUUUUCGUGGCUCGUCAGAGACGGCUCGAGAAACGACGGCUCUGCUUCGUCGAAUCACCGCCCAAGCCCGAUGGAGUAGCGCAGGUGACCUCAUGGAAAUAAUACGAAAAGAGGGAAGGCGAAUGACUGCCGCCCAACCCUCUGAGACCACUGUAGGGAACAUGGUCCGUCGUGUACUGAAGAUCAUCAGAGAGGAGUAUGCCAGGUCUCGAGGAAGCAGUGAAGAGACAGAUCAACAAGAAUCUCUUCAUAAACUGUUGACUUCAGGGGGGCUCAGUGAAGAAAACUUCAGACAGCACUUUGCUCCACUCAAAGCGAAUGUCAUUGAAGCAAUUAAUGAGUUGUUAACAGAAUUAGAGGGAACCACUGACAACAUUGCGAUGCAGGCCUUGGAACACAUUCACUCCAAUGAGGUCAUCAUGACAAUUGGACGCUCACGCACAGUUGAAGCCUUUCUCAAAGAUGCUGCACGAUGCAAACGCAAAUUCCAUGUAAUUGUAGCUGAAUGCGCACCGUUCUGCCAGGGACAUGAAAUGGCAACCAGUCUUUCAAAGGCUGGCAUUGAGACCACAGUAAUUGCAGAUGCUGGCAUAUUUGCUGUGAUGUCUCGUGUUAACAAGGUCAUCAUUGGGACACAAACUGUGCUGGCGAAUGGAGGCUUAAGGGCUGUCAAUGGGACUCAUACUCUCGCCCUUGCUGCAAAACAUCAUUCAACACCCCUUGUUGUGUGUGCUCCAAUGUUUAAACUUUCACCCCAGUUUCAGAAUGAAGAAGAUACCUUCCAUAAGUUUGUUUCUCCUCAAGAAGUGCUGCCCUUCACUGAAGGUGAAAUACUGUCAAAAGUGAAUGUACACUGCCCAGUCUUUGACUAUGUUCCCCCUGAGCUUAUUACCCUGUUUAUUUCAAAUAUCGGGGGCCAUGCACCGUCAUAUAUUUACCGUCUAAUGAGUGAACUUUACCAUCCGGAAGACCAUGAACUUUAACAACUGUAAAGCUAAAUAAAAUGUAUUAGA